UCACAGGGGUCCUCACCUGCAGGUUGAACUCGUUGGCUGUCAAAGCUGUCAACAAGUUUGGAAAACUUUGCUGCUAUUCACUUUUCAAAAAAUUGCACCUCAAUUUUACCUUUUUCAACGAUGUGCUGCGAGCAAACAGUGUUCUGCUCGAACUUACAAAACCCGGAAUGGUUCUGCUCCAAGAUCCCGCUGAUUUCAAAUAUUCCGACGCCUCCACGCUUACUCGCACCAGCCGAGGUUGCAGUGGGCAGUCAAGGACCAGCCAUCUCAUCAGGAAGAAAAUGCAGAGUCGGAAAUCACAUCUGGAAGUGCCUUCUGGUUGCCGUACCGCCGGAAAACUUCGAAGAGCUUGCAAAACUUGUCUGUCUGUGCCCUGUCGGCGAGGAAGGGUUAGAUCCGGUUAACAACGAGCUUCUCACCUCAGUCGAGGACAUUGUCCAACUUGAAGCCGCUGCGGAUCAGGAAGAGCUUGAAAUUCCUCUUGGCCGUUGGCGUAAGAGUGCCGUCGAAGCUGGCAAGCAUCAACACUCAGGAAGGCCAGCAGAUCAUACUGGACUAGCAGAUACUGGUGGCGUUGGGCGCCGCUGGCCAGGCACGUCCCGGUUCCUCACUAAAAACGGACUACAAGUGUACACCAAACGGAAUUUGUUAGUGAAUAAAACGCAGAUGUUCCUCCAUGAUGGGUCCAGAAAGGUCUUUCCUAAAUAAACAACACCAAAGCGUCGAUGAACUUCGCUCCGAGGCUGGGGCCAUCGUUGGGAGCCAAACAUUGUCGACAGGUAAACGACUUGUUCCAAGGAUAUUUAAAAUUCAAAUUGUAUAAUCAAACGAGUACCAACAUUCAACCGCUUUGAGAGAGGCAAACCUUCAAUUAGCAUAAUUGGAUGGUACGCUGGAAAGCGAAUAUAAAUUAUGGGUAGCUGCCAUGAAAAUUG